AUGAUUAAAUACUUACUCAUUUGCCUCCUAGCUAUCGUUACCAAUGGUACAGUAUUGGGAAUUGAUUUCGGAUCUGAAUUCAUCAAGGCAGUUUUAAUAAGUCCAGGCAAGUCUUUCACAAUCAUUGAGAAUACUACAAGCAAACGAAAAACAGAAAAUGCUAUUGCAUUUUACAAUAAGGAACGUUUGUAUGAAAGUGAUGGUGUUUCCAAGAAAUCCAAAUCUCCUAAGAAUACAUUUACAUUCUUAAACAAAUUUUUAGGAGCAUUAGCGAAUGACGAAAAACUCGUAGAAAUUUCCAGACAGUCCUAUGAAGACUUUAAAAUAGAGAUUGAAGAGAGAGAAGGAACAUUUGCCUUUGAAGUUGAUGGUGUAUAAGUAGAAGGAAAGGAUACCAUGAUAGUGAAGGUCGAAGAAUUGGCAGGAAUGGUUCUUAAAUUUAUAGCUAAGUUAGUGGAUUUCAAUCAUUAGAUCUAAAUUAAAGAUGUUGUAUUGACAGUACCAAGCGAAUGGAAUAUAAGUCAGAGAUCUGCAUUAAAAUCAGCCGCUUAAUUAGCAGAAUUAGAAGUUUUAGGAAUCAUCAAUGAAAAUACAGCAGCUGCUCUAUAUUAUGCCCUUGAACGUUCAGAUGAAAACAAACACACUGCUCUAUUCUAUAACAUAGGUUCAUAUAAUAUUCAAGUGUCUUUGGUUGAAUUCUAGGCUGUAGAUGCUCAAAAGAAAAAGGUUGAAACAUUAAGAGUUCUAGCUGACUAUUCCAUCCCAAAUGCGGGUGGCUAAUCUUUAGAUCUCUUACUAGCAAAUCAUUUUGCAAGGGAAUUCGAUAAUCAACCAUCCAGAAAAGGAAAGAAGUCUAUUUUUACAAACUCUAAAGCAAUGAAUAAACUAUUGAAGGCAGCAAAUAAAUACAAGGAAAUAUUAUCAGCAAACAAAGAGACUUAGGUUUAUUUGGAAGGUUUGAUUGAUGGUGAGGAUUACACUACAUCAAUUUAGAGAUCAACUUUUGAAUCAUUAUUCGAAAAUAAACUUUAAUAAUUAACAGAACCAAUUAAUUACGUUUUAGAAAAAUGCAACAAAACUAAAGAGGACAUCAAUAUCGUUGAAUUAAUAGGUGGAGGCAUUAGAGUUCCUAAGAUCUAAUAGGAGUUAGCUAAUUACUUUGGAAGUGUAGAAGUUGGAACACAUUUAAAUGGUGAUGAGUCUAUGGCAUUUGGUGCUGCAUUCCAUGCUGCUAAUCUAUCUCAUUCAUUCAAAGUUAGACCAGUUUAAUUGACUGACGGUUUUAGUUUCAGCAGUUCUAUUGAAAUUAAUGGUGUUAAUGAUGACGAUUAUCAUAAAGAAUUCUCUUUGUUUGGAUACAAGAAGAAAUAUGGAAGUACUAGAUCUUUGGAAUUCACUUAUGAUAAGAAUUUAAGAUUAGAUAUCUAUGUGGAAAAAGAUGGUUAGAAAUCUAAAUUAAUGUCCUAUCAUUUAACUAAUAUUACUAAUGCCACAGAACUUAAUUUCAGUAAACCAGAAAUCUCACUUACUUUUAAAUCCACAUCAAAUGAAUUUAUAAAGUUAGAAAGUGCUGAAAUGAAAGUUGAGGAAAUUAAAUUAAUUGAAAUCAAACCUAAUGUUACUACCACUAAUACAACAUCAUCAUAAGAUAAAGAUAAACCAACAAAUAAAACUGAAACAAAUGAUAAUGAAAACACUGAAGAAGGUGAUCUUUCUGAAGAAACUGAAAAGCAACAAGACGAACAUCAAUAAUCAGAAGAACAACCAAAAGUUACUGAAUAAGUCGUUUAAGAACCUUAAUUCAAAAAGUAGAAAUUUAUUCAUACUUUCCCCAUCAAUUAUACAAUUACUCAUCAUGUAGUGUUAGGAUUAAAUCAAUAAGAGAUUGAUGAUUCAAAAAAAAUUAUUAAAUAAUUUGAAACUGCUGAAGAAAAUAGUAGAAAGUUAAGUGAAAUUAAAAAUAAAUUGGAAUCACUUAUUUAUACAGUCAGAGAAGUCAAAGAUGCUGAAUAUUUCUAAAAGGCUUCAACUGAAACAGAAAGAGCUGAAAUCUUAAAGACAAUCGAAGAACACUCUGAAUAUCUUGAUAGUGAUGAGGCAUGGACAGCUGAUUUUGAAAAAUUCAACACUAAGUUUACUUAAUUGAAUAAUUUGUUAAAACCAAUCCAAGUUAGAUUAGAUGAAGCUAAGGCUAGACCCUAGUUCAUUAAUGAAACAAUCACAAAGUUGACUGAUUUCCACAAGAAGGCCAAUAAUCUUAACUAAACUAUGCCUUGGGUUCCUGAAGAGAAGAAAGUCAAAUUCUUAGGACAUCUUGCAAAUACAACUGAUUGGUUGAAAUCCAAAUUAGAAGAACAAGAGAAGAGGGAAUUGCACUAAGAUCCAGCAUUCUUAAUUGAAGAAUUGAAGAAAAAGAUAGAUAAAGUGAGCGAAGAGUACACUAAAAUUAAAGCCAUAACUAAACCUAGAAAAACUUAGGAAUAAAAGGAGGAAGAGAAAAAGAAGAAGGAGGAGAAAAAGCAAACUAAAAAAGAUGCAGAAUCUGAUUCAAAAAAGGGCUCAAAACAAUAAGAAUAAAGUUAACAAGAUGAAAAAGAAGAAUAAUAAAACUAGCAAUAAUAAUAAGAUGAAAAUUUUUAAGAUUAAUAGGAUAGUCAGACCUAAGGAGACGGCGAUCCAACAAUUGAGGAUUUGUGA